AUGUCUGAAAGGAGCACAAGAAGGGCCGGGACUCCGGACCCAAUGUCAUUCUUUUCCAUAUCUAAUCUGUACACCAUCAUUGAGUCUGAUGGGCACUCGCAAACGCGUUCACAAAGGAUGAGUGAUAUCGACGAGGAGCGAUCGUCAACGCGCAGCUCCUAUCUGACGGCCUUACCAAGAUGGGAGAACAUCAAAAGCUCACAUCGGUCCAGACUGCACGUCCCAGUCCCAAUAAUCCCGAAACGCGCACAUGUGCGCAAGGACAGCCAGACGCCAAUUCUUGAGAAGGAUGCGUUGGCGAAAGAGACGGGAGGCCCUGGCUUUCAUCGGUCAGAUAGCCAGAGGUCAGGGGGCAGGUCUGGUGCUUCGACUCCCGCCAAAGAGGAGCAGCCUCGCCAUUCUAGGAUGAUGAUCUGGCUAGUACUCGUUCUUGUCAUCGUACUCGCCUUGGCCAUCAUCCUGGGAGCAGUCUUAGGAACAUUUGUGAAUCCUGGUCACUCUGGUCCGCAGCCUUCGAUCACAGAGAUACCCGCGGGUACGACUCCUACCCCUACGAAUCUCCCAAGUGGCACUGGUGAUUCUCAGACACCUGCACCUACCCCACAUAUUGCGUCUGUCGCGGUGACUGGCUGGAGCGUGCCAGGAUCCAUGGGAUACUUCUCCGUGUGGUUGUUCUGGCAAAAUAGUCAAGGAUAUCUGUCUCGAGCAGCAUUCAAUUCGAGCACCGGAAACUGGACACGAGUCUCCAGCUUUGCCGAAGCGAAGAAGAGCACUCCGUUUGCUGCUAGCUCGCUCAAUGCGGAAUGGUAUUCAGGUCAAGAGAAUUACAGCUUUCCCGGCGGCAUGCAAUAUCAAGCAGGAGUCAUCUACCUUGAUGGUAGGAACUAUCUCACUGAGUGGAUCUUCCCGGACAACGGUCCUGAAGUCGGCCAGCCCGGACCGCUAACGGGGCAGAAAUACAUGGCUCUCAAUGAAACUAAGGUAGCCUCAUAUUGGCCGCGCAUAGUUUAUCAGGGAAUGUCUGGUGAGAUCCGUGAAGCACACUAUGAGUGCCAUCGGGAGAAUGAAUGCUGGCAUGAGAGGGUCCUGAGCACCACUACUGCUAUGAAUAGCACUCAGCUGGUCGCGGCGCCAAUGGGAAACAAUCUCUCUUCGCUAGGGCUUUUCUAUCAAGAAGAAGACGGCAAAUAUAUCAAUUACAAAGAAGACAGCGAUGGAUAUUCGGAACUCUGGACGAAUGGUGCCUUUCCACACGACAUUCCGCCAGCAUCGUCCGUUGCGGCCUUCUCGACGACGCGCUCUGAAGACCCCGGCGACUCGGGCCUAAAAACAUAUCUGCUCUGGCAAGACAGCAACGGCACGAUCCAAGUAAGCUGGACGGACAACGGCGGGGGCUGGAAGGGACCAAUCACGCAUCCCGCCUUCGCCGGCGCCGAAACCAACACCGCAUUGACAUGUUUGACCGGCCUUACUUUCUCUAAUUACCCCUUGCCGGCCGGCACCGAACUCGCUCGGUGCUAUUUUCAGACCGGGCUGGCCCUGCGGGAAGUGAGCUUUGACGGGACGAGCUGGGAUGUCGUCGGUGUCGUUCCUAUUGACCUCUAA